AUGUCGAGCAAAGGAGGAGAAACCGUCGAUAUCCAUGGUGCCAAGCUGGUCGGGCUUGAUGUGGUGAAGAACUGCGUAGGUGAGGCAACCCAAGUGCCUAGAGCCAAGGAGAUGGCGACCAAAGAGUUGGGCGCCGAUGACGAGGCGUCGCCAAGGUUGGGCGCCGUUGAGGAGGGAACCCGCCUCAUGGGCGCCGCUAGGAAGGUGGGUGUUGCUGGGCUUGGGUACGUAGAGGCUUGCACUGAUGGACGUCUAGGCGUUAUGCGCAUGGAUGAGGCGAACAAUAGAGGGUGCUCAGUUACUGAUCUUGGCAUGCUAGGCAAGCAGCUUAUGGAGGAGGGGCGAGCUGUCCUGGGCGUGCAGCCUGCUAAGGCGCCUAUAGCGCUCACUGGGAUGCCUUAG